AUGACGUCGUCGUCGUCGUCGUUGCACAAAGCCGGAAAUGUGAUUAUAGUUUUAGUCAGCCUGCAGCUAAUGUGGCUAAAAUUGGCCGGCUGUCGGGAUUUGCCUUUGGGCAGCGAUUACGGCAGCAUGUCCGCCUCCGUGGAGGAUGUGGACCUUGUCGAGCCGCUGGUCACCGAACAGACAGCGCCGCAUCAACGCCUCAACCUGGAGUCUGGACUCAACAGCAGCGAGGAUGGCCGAGCGCCGGCUGCUGCGGCCGGCGGCGGCACAGCUUCCGUUAUGGGCGCCGGCACUUUGCUGGAGGAGUUUAACGGCGGCAAACUGAGCCCGGCGGAGGCCAGCAACACGCUGCCCAUAUUCCUCAGCGAGCCGGAGAGCGUUUUUGUGGUCAAGAAUCGGCCGGCAGUGCUCAAGUGCAAGGCAUCUCAUGCCCUGCAGCUGCACUUCAAAUGCAGCGGCAGUUCCCAGCCGCCGCCUUCGACGCACGACAAGCACGUGGAUCCGCACACGGGCGUCCACAUGGAGGAGGUCACAGCCACCAUACAUCGCGAUCUUGUCGAUGAAUAUUUUGGCAAGGGCCCCUUCAAGUGCGAGUGCCAGGCGUGGUCGUCGCGCGGCGUGGUCAAGAGUCAAGCGGCCACGGUCCAUAUUGCAUACAUUCGCAAGUCCUUUGGCCAGUCGCCCACCUCGUUGCGCCUGGAGCUGGGCAGCCGUGCGGAACUGCAUUGCGAGCCGCCCGGCGGCUUUCCGGAGCCGAAGCUCAGCUGGCACAAGAACAAUGCGCUUAUAACUGGCGACAGCGACACGGGUAUCACUGUUAGCGGCAGUACGCUCACCUUUCGCCAGGUGGCGCUGCAGCAUAUGGCCAACUACAGCUGCAGCGCCGAGAAUUUGGCCGGCAAACGUGUCUCCGAUUCGGCUGUGCUCAUUGUCUAUGUUAACGGCGGCUGGAGCGCCUGGAGCCCAUGGCGCGAGUGCAAAUGCAGCGGUAAACCGAGUCAGGGCCGCAAGCGAACGCGCACCUGCACCAACCCGAUGCCCUUGAAUGGGGGCGCCCAAUGCGCCGGCCCCCAGGUACAAAAGUCGGCGGACUGUGCCGCAUGUCCAGAGGACACUCAAAUUGUGAGCGCUGAUGGAUUUGACAUUUCGUCGAGUAAGCGCAUUGCUCGGUGGUCGUCGUGGAGCGAGUGGAGCGUCUGCUCCGCGGAAUGCAUACAAGUGCGUCGCAGAAAAUGUGUGACGCACGCCACAGUUGCCGCCGAUGUGGCAGAUGAGGCUGGCGAGCUGCUGCUGCUGACUGGCGGAGUGGGCGCCGCAGCACUCAGCUCAAGCAGCGAUGGCGACGGCGACGCUGAUGGCUCAGGAUAUGGCAAAUCAUUGUGCGCCGGAAAAGACAUACAAACGGCCGAAUGCCGUGGAGAGCAAUGCCAGAUUGGCAAGGAUGACUUCGAUUGGACACUGUACUUGGGUCUGGCCUUCAUCACAGCCGUUUGCUUUGCCUUCGGCACCGCGCUCAUCUGCUGCGCCCGCCGCGGCAUUCGCCACAAUCCGCACUACAACAUGGCCCGCUCAGUUAUGGACGCGGAUUAUAUGCCCGGCGUUGUCGAUAAGAAGGAGAUGCGCAUGCACAUCGAGGCAGCCAAUUUGGGAUACGAUUAUGUCAAUCCCGGACAUCGUUAUUUGCCCGGCGAGCACAUCGUCGGCCUGGGCGUCGGCUGCGGCGGCGUCACGGAACAUCACUACGAUGUGCCCAACCUGGCGGCCAACUACACGAAUCCUAUAGAUGACCUGAGCGCGGAUUAUCUAUCCGAAACGGGCGACUCCUCCACAGCGGACACCUCCAAUUCCACGUUCGACAUGAACGCCAAGCUCUCCAUACUGAACGCCUCGAAGAGCAGCAGCUACGAGCUGCUGGGCAGCAACGGCGGCCAGCUGCGUCUGUAUGGCGGCGAGCUGUUGCUCUUUGUGCCGGAGCUGGCCAUUGGCAAGCAUCUGAAGAAGCACGUCUCCCUGAUGCUGCUGAGCGACGAGUGCAGUCGAAUUGCCUGCGCCACGGACAGCUCCAUACUGUGCAGCAGCGUGGUGCAUUGUGCGCCCCGAAACUAUGGCUUCAUCAAGCCCGUGAUACUCCGGAUACCGCAUUGCCUGCUGGCGCCGGAGCAAUGGCAUGUGCACAUCUACCAUGCGGACAGCGAGCAGGACGAUCUGAAUGUCGGCUGGCGGCGAGCGGUAUCCGUGGGCGAGGAGACGAUAAAUACGCCAAUGUUUGUGCAGCUGGAGCCGACGGCCGUGUACAUUAUGACCGAGCAGCUGGGCCACUUUGCCGUCGUGGCCGAGCCGCGCAUUCAACAGCCGGCGAUCAAGAUGAAGCUGCUCGCCUUUAGCCAGCACACGCCGCCCAGCAGCAGCGCCAACUGCAGCCUGCGCAUCUAUGUGGUCAAGGAUUUUCCCAACAGCCGGGACAUAUGCGCCAAUGUCGAGUGCAAGUUAGGCGGCAGCUAUCUGGGCGAGAGUCAGGUCUUUGGCUUCGUGCUGAACAGCCUCAAUCUGAAUAUACGCGUGCGCUGCCGAGAUGCCGACUUGGGAGCUGGCGAUGCGGCAGAUGCGCCCUACGAACAUGCCAUACCCUACCAGCAUAUAUUGAGCAACAAUUCCAUAUUGCACUGCGAGUUCAGUGUGCGGCGCCAGGAGCAGCAGACGCUGUGCGUCGACUUUGGCCAGGGUGAGCAGUUCGACUUUUAUACGUUCAGCAUGCCCGGCCAGGGACAGGGCCUGGGCCUGGGUUCGGCCGAGGAGCUGGCCUCGACAACGAACACGACCAUCUCGAUAGAUCGCCAGGGCAACUAUGUGAACGAGAGCUGUGUCCUGGACUUUGUCCAGCUGCCACAUGCCACGAAGCGCUUGAUAUGCGCCGCCUUGGAUCCGCCGCGUGCGGACGAGCGCGACUGGCGGCUGCUGGCCAAGAAGUUGAGCACGGAUCGGUAUAUUGCAUACUUUGCCACCAAACCCUCGCCCACCGAACAGAUACUCAAUCUGUGGGAGUGUCGCGCCAACAGUGGGGGCGGCAGCGCAGGAGAGGGCGCAAUUGGCGGCGGCGGCGGCAUUUCUAACGGUAACAGUUCCAGUUGCAUUUCGCAUGCGAACAGCAUAAUGUCGCUGCUGCUGACGCUCAAGGAGAUGGGACGCCAGGAUGUGCUGGACAUCAUAGUGGACACCAUUGGGCCGCUGUGGAUUUAGGUCGGGGGGGAAAGCUGUUGAAAACAACAACUAAACAAAACAUGUUCAUGAGUUGCCUUUUAUUUGAAAAAUGUUUAAAAAAAAAAAAGAGAGUGCGAACGAAAUGGGAAACGAAGCGAAACGAAACGAAUCGAAAAAUAUGAAACAUGCUAAAAAUGUAAUCAAAGUCUAGGCAUAAGGCAUAAGGCAUAGACAUAGUCACAUAGUCUGUACUAGUUACGUAGUCUAAGCUAAAGAUAUAUAUAUAUAUAUAUAUAUAUAUAUAUAUUAUAUAUAAUAUAUGUGUAGUGUGUUGUGUUCGAGUCUUUUUAGAACUCUGAACAUUUGCUCAACGAACUCUGUUCCCCAUGGGUGCCAUGCAUUUUUGAUACUAAACUAAAAUACAUUAAAUAUACAUAUAUAUUAUAUAGAAUUAAAUGUAAGUUUACGAUUAUGUUGAAAGUUAUUUGUGGCUUAGCAAACUUAUAGUUUUAAACAUUAGUUUGUAGUUUUCACGUAUAUCGAAUAUUUAGUAGGGGUAUUCAGCUACUAACUAAACAGAAAAAAAAACAUGUGCUAAGUUUUCAAGUUUCUAGGCAAAGCAUCCCCCCCCCUCUGCCAGCUUGAACUGCUGACUAUAUGGCGGCGUCUAUAUAUGUUCAGGCAGUUGAAAACUGUUUGCCAAAUCGUUGAAUUUACUCAACCGACUCUAGUUAUAGACCAUAAUAAAAAAGAAAGCGUAGCAUACCUAUAUACACUCACACAUUUACAUAUAUACAUAUAUAUAGAAAGCGUAUAGAAUGUAGUGGAAGAAACAUUAAGAAACCGAGUAGCUUGUUAGACAUACUCAAGUGAUAACCUUUGUAUUUGUCUCUAGUUUAUAAGUUCACAAACUGUCGUUUCAAAAAUCAAACAAGAUAACAAGAACAACAACAAGAACAAAUGAAUAUUUCAGCAAUAAUAACGAAUAUUUAAUGGCCCAAUGAAUAAGCAUACAAUUUAGUCCUAUAUGCAAAACAUAAAAGAGAACAAAAACUGUAGUUUAAACAUUCUAACUAAAUCGAAUACAAAUUGAUGAACAGUUCCCGGUUUUGAUUGAUUUUUUU